AGUUGGAAGAAGAGAGCACUAUGGGAAGGGGCGAUACGGGAAGGAGCACUACGAAGCUGCGCUAUGGGGAGCAGCCAUACGGGAAGGAGCGCUAUGGGGAGCAACACUACGGGAAGGGGCACUACGGGAAGGAGCACUACGAAGCAGCGCUAUGGGGAGCAGCACUAUGGGAAGGGGCGAUACGGAAACCCUGAGCUACGGGAAGAGCUAUGGAGAGCGCUAUGGGAGGAGCGCAAACAAGAGCUAUGGAGAGCUACGGGAGGAGCGCUGUGGAGAGCUGCGGGAGGAUCUGUGAACACCGGCACCUCUCAAGUACCGCAUCAGUUCAGACUGAUGUCGACGGAACAGGACACCGGGGCACUGCCACGGCGCAGUGCCAGGAUCGUAGUUCAUGCCCGCCCUGCGGUACCUCCAAGACCCAAGAGAUUCAGCAGACGGACGACUCCAGCGGCAUCAAGUACGACAUUGAUAGUACAAGACACCACCGGAGAUUUUCCAGCAUGCCCGGUCCGAGAGGCCAGCGAGUCUUGGGCUGACUAUCAUGGGCGGCUACAGGCAUUUACAGACGCCGUAGCCGCCGCCGAGGCUCAGCAGGCUGCGGCAGAGGCAAAACGGCAGUGGCUGGCCAACGAAGCGACAGCCGAAGCUCAGCGGACAACUGAGACUGACGAAGUGGCACGAAACAGACGGAAUGCCGCCAGCACGGAGUCCCUGAUUGCUAGUGAGCAUCAGUGGACAACGUUACUCCAAGACAUGAUCUUUGUGCCUACGGAAACGCAGGCGGAACCGACACAGGCGGAGGCAGAGAAAAGUAACCUGGCUACCGUGAUGUUGAACGUAAUGAGGGGAGUAAUGUGGAACAAUAAACUACUGCAGGCACACCUGCACGCUGAUCGUCAACAAAGACAGCAGUACGAGCAAGACCAUGCCGCUGUAACGGCCGACGUCCGCAACGCAGCAGUGCAGCAGCAGCAACAGCAACAGCUGAUGAACUCUACCAUCGCACGCAUCAACGGCAUUGAGGCCAAGGCCUCAGCAGCGCCAGGCUGCACGACGGACGCGACGAAGCAAAUCAAUGAACGCAUCGAUCACGUCGUCACCAUCAUCGACGACAUAGGUGUUUUCAACGGACCGGACAAGAUCAACAGCAUGGUGGCCGCCGCUUUGACAUGGUGGCAACGUUUCCUCACGGAAGCGUCAUGCCGCACUGUCCCGGCGAACGACAUGUUGAAGGCACUCUAUUUGCAACUGAUUGGAGGAGCGCAGGCAUGGAUGAACCACCUGGCGGCCACCCACAAGUGCACCAUCGCCGAACUCCACACGCACAUCACGUGGAAGGAGUUCGAGCAGCUAUGGUUCACCCGGUUCAUGGUCCGCAACGUCGUGAAGGCGGCCAUGAAUGAGGUGUACACAUGCUCUCAGGGGAACAUGCCAACUCAAGACUGGACAACGAAACGCUCAAAUGGAUCAAGACUCAACCGGCUCUUUUCUGACGCACUCAAGCGCUGGAUUGAGGUCAUAGAUCAAUAUGACUUCAAACUUGAGUAUCUGAAGGGAGAGUACAACAAGGUUGCAAUUGCGCUUUCUCGUAGAGCAGACUACCUAGGGGCGCUAGUUUAUGAGUUUGGUGUAUCUCAAGAAGUAACUCAAUCGUUGGUGGGAGCCUAUCAGGAAGACCCUGUCAUGAUGGACAUCAUGCGCAAACUUCAGGCAAAAGACAAGGCCACAGAAAGUGAGUUUGUGAUGGUGGAUGGGUUUGUGAUGGUGGAUGGGUUACUCUUUCUUGAUAAGGCCGGGUGUAAAAGGUUAGUAGUUCCAUCGAGUGAGAGUUUGCGUAGUUUAUUUCUAGGAGAGUGUCAUGACGCAACUGAACACUUUGGCUACAAAAAGACGAGUGCCAAUCUAGUACAACGAUUUUGGUGGGCUGGAAUGCUAGAUGACGCAAAGAAAUAUGUAGAGACCUGUCGGGUCUGUCAGCGGGACAAGCCGCGAACUCAAGCACCGCUUGGGUUGUUGAAGCCCUUACCUAUCCCCGCUGGUCUAGGACUCAGUGUUUCCAUGGAUUUCAUGGACACCCUGGUGACCAGUAAGAGUGGCAAGAGGCACAUAUUCGUCAUCAUCGAUCAAUUCACCAAGUACGCUAGACUAGUUGCCAUGCCAGAGACCGCCAGGAGGGACCACGUCAUCAGGUUGUUUAUGGACAACUGGCAGUACCGGCGCGUCAGUCCUAAUCAGUUGCACUUGGGAUGGAAGCCUAGAUCAGCUCUAGACUUCCUCCUACCUGAAAACCGAUCCUCUGCAACUCCAGGCACACUUGAGUAUGGUGUGCAGUAUGAGAAGUUGCUGCAGCAAGCUGUCGAGCACAUUAAGAAAGCUCAGCAAGCAAUGAUUGCUUCUAAGAACAAGCAUCGACGACAGUCCUCAUUUCAGGUAGGGGAACGUGUCUGGGUCAAGGUUAGUGAGCUAGGACAGGAAUUCGGGAUCUCUCGUAAACUAAUGCCUCGGUAUUUUGGUCCCUGGGAAGUCCUGGAUGUAGUGGGGGAUGAGAUGGAUGGCCCUACCUAUGUUAUCCGUAUCCUUGGACACCUACGCACUCACCCUGUCUUUCAUGCCUCGAAGCUUGCACCUUUCGCUGAGACAGAUCAAUUCCCUUCAAGGAGAUCGAUGCUGCCCCCAACCAUGGAUGGUCAAGUGGACAUCGACGACAUUGUGGAUCACAGAGAUCUGCCUGUUCAGAAGCCAUUGGGUAGAGGAAGAAGACCUCCAAAACCCAAGCGGGAGUAUCGCGUCAGAUUCAGGCAUCAUACAGAUCCCAAGGAAGGUCGAUGGUUCAUCAGAGAGGAACUGAUUAACACAACUCCUCAAGUGGUGGCAGAAUAUGAGAAACUAUUAAAAGGGAAGGCACCUGCGAAGUAAGCAUCUCACCGGACUUUCGAAGCUAAGAGGGAUGGAAUGUGAGGAAUGAGCCCUCAAGAAGGGGCCUUGCCAUGAUGUACAUGUUCUGGGCUAAGGCCCCAACAAGCCUAGUGCCCGCCCUAAGUGAAGGCAGGCCAGCAAAUCAACAAGAGCCCUCUGU